UCUACAGAAACGCAACUCAUACAACACCUUCGUCUACAUCUUCUCCAUCAAGGUGUCAACUUCUCAUUCACUCACGCAACCUUUGUCAGCCCAAUUAGGCAAUUCUCAAGACACCAAUCAGCUCACACAUCUGUCGACGUCACGAUGGCCAAUGACUCUAUUCCGAAGACGAUGAAGGCGAUUCAGGUGGUGGAAUACAACAAGCCCUACCAGAUCAAUGAGAUUGAUGUCCCAUCCAACCUCGAUCCGCUAGAUCUCCUUGUUAAAGUCGCGGUGGCUUCCAACUGCCAUACAGAUGGCAUGGUGCAAGCCGGCACAUUCUCGACCAAACUACCAUGCACAGCAUCGCACGAAGGAGCUGGGACCGUCGUCGCCGUAGGCUCGGACGUCAAGGAGUUCAAAGCGGGAGACCGUGUCAUGUGCGGUCUGCCUCUCCAUCCUUGCGGCGCCUGCUCCGACUGCCUCGGGCCCAACUCCCAACGCCAAUACUGCGCUUUCAUGAAGACCGGCCACAUCGGCGUGCAGACCGACGGCUGCUUCGCCGAGUACGUCAAGUGCGACAGCCGCAGCACAACACCUCUCCCCGAUGAAGUCAGCUUCACGAGCGCCGCACCACUCGCCUGCGCGGGACGUACUGUCUGGCGAAGCAUUCAGAAGACGGGCUUGGUAUCAGGAGAGUGGAUCUGCUUCGUCGGCAGCGGAGGCGGACUAGGACACCUCGGGAUCCAAUUCGCGAAAGCGUUGGGGUUGAAGGUCAUUGGAAUCGACGCAAGAGAUGAGGGACUGGAUCUGACGAGGCAUUAUGGUGCGGAUGUGGUGGUUGACGUGAGGCAAGGCAAGGAGAAGGUGGUGAAAGCGGUGCAGGAUGUGACGGGAGGAAACGGUGCCGACUCGACGGUGUGCUUGUCCGACCACGAGACGGCUGCUGGAUUGGCCUGUGCGGUGACGAAGAUGCAUGGCAUUAUGGUCCAGAUCGCGCAGCCGGACAAUGUCUCCAUCCCCUUCGCGGAGAUCAUCUUUCGAGAUAUCAGGAUCAUCGGAUCGCUGAUCGCUGGUGCGGACGAGUCGAAGGAUAUGUUGAAGUGCAUUGCGGAGCAUGGUGUGACGGUGAAGACGAAUCCAUUCUAUGGAUUGGACAAGAUCGAGGAGUUGGUGGAGCUGGCGCAUGGAGGCAAGAUCCAGGGCAAGGCGAUCAUUGUGGUGGACAAUGAACAGCUCGAGCACGAGAAGAAGAUCGGAGCCAAGUUUUGAGUGAGGGAAUGACGAGAUGAUUGAUGAUAAUGAUGAGAGGUGUAGUUUUUGGGGGAUGCCAUACACAACAGAGAGAAGAGGCAAGAGGAUGCACGACUCGUUCAAUACGCACCGCCAUUUGUGAUCCGCGUCGCGCUGUAUGUGGUCCUGGUCCAUAGUACAAGAUCCUACGCACGCAGUCUCUUUGUUCCGCAUUGGAACAACCGCUCUU